AUGCCUUUAGAAGCUACUAUGAUAGUGCUGGACAACUCUGAAUGGAUGCGUAAUGGCGAUUAUACACCAACGCGUUUAGAAGCUCAAAGGGAUGCCGUUAAUUUAAUAUUUCAAUCAAAGACUCAGUCAAAUCCCGAAAAUACAGUUGGCCUAAUGACCAUGGCUGGGAAGGGUCCAGAAGUUCUUGUUACAUUAACUUCGGAUGCGGGAAAAAUCCUGACGGCUACUUAUAAUAUUAAAGUAGGAGAAAAGGCGAACUUCACAACAGGGAUUCAGGUCGCACAGCUUGCAUUAAAACAUCGACAGAAUAAAAAUCAGCGACAACGUAUUGUAGUAUUCGUGGGGAGCCCACUUAACGCAGAUGAAAAGGCUCUGCUAAAACUCGCAAAGAAAACCAAAAAGAAUAAUGUGGCAGUAGAUAUAGUUAAUUUUGGUGAGGAGGCUGAAAACACAUCGAAACUUGAAGCUUUUAUUCAGGCUGUAAACAGCAGUGAUAAUAGUCAUCUCGUAACAAUCCCUCCUGGUCCGCAUAUUCUAAGCGAGCGUCUAAUACCCUCGCCUAUAAUAUCCGGCGAAGAUGGACUUCCUGCUGGUUUUGCUUCCGGAACUGGUGGCGGCUUUGACUUUGGAGUCGAUCCUAAUCUUGAUCCAGAACUAGCUCUUGCUUUGAGAAUCUCCCUGGAGGAAGAGAAAGCUCGACAAGAAGCUGAAGCUGAAGCUGCAAAAGCUACAACUACAAAUGCUCCAGAAACCGAAUCGACAUCUAUGGCUGUGGAUGCUGUAUCGAGUGAACAAGAGCGUGUAGCAGUUUCAACUGGACAGGAUCACACCGGUGAUAUAGAUAUGGAAAUGACUGAAGAAGAACAAAUCGCGCGCGCCAUUGAAUUGUCAAAAGAAACAUCAUCUGGGCAGCAACAACAGCAAUCCAAUGACUAUAUCAACGUAAUGCAAGAUCCACAAUUUAUGAAUUCGGUGCUUGGGGGUCUGCCGGGUGUAAAUCCUGACGAUCCGAUGAUUCAAAGUGCGUUAGCAGAUCUGAAAGAAGGCGAAGAAAAGCAAGAUGAUAAAAAGAAGGAUGAUGAGCAAAAAUAG